GCCCAGGAAAAGGGAACUUAGGAGGAAUCGAAACUCCUGGGUAAAGGAGGGUCCCCCGAGUGUGUGCUGGUAUUUGUACCACAGAUACUCCGUCUCCACCAUGAACUGCACAUCCCAGCUCGUAUUCACUGGGGCCCACGGUGCGGUGCCCCCAGCCUAUGAGUUGCUCAAGGAGGAGCACGAGGUGGCCGUGCUGGGGGCGCCCCAGAGCCCGGCGCCCGUGACGACCACGGUGAUCAACAUCCGCAGCGACACCGCCGUGCCCGACCACAUCGUGUGGUCCCUGUUCAACACCGUCUUCAUGAACUGGUGCUGCCUGGGCUUCGUGGCAUUCGCCUACUCUGUGAAGUCUAGGGACCGGAAGAUGGUCGGCGACAUCACUGGGGCCCAGAGCUACGCCUCCACUGCCAAGUGCCUGAACAUCUGCGCCCUGGUCCUGGGCCUCCUUCUGACUAUCGUCCUCAUCAUCCUUGUGUCCACCAUCUCCCUGUGAAGAACCUCAGCUACUCCAUUUUGUUAAAAGGAAAACUCCAUUUUGUAAGGUUCCGGGAAAAAAGAAAUCCCCUGACCUUACUCCACUGCCCAUGAGCCAGUUGGACCCCAGAUCAAAAUCUCCUGACUUAACUCUCAGGAACUUGUGGUCUACCUAGACAAUAGGGACCAAUCAAGAACCAACACAUAAUCCUUCGAAAGAAAGUGACCAAUCAGACGUCCCCCUACCUAAAAAUCCUUUUUUCCAUGUAUACUCCCUAUAUAAGCAAUGAAACCCAGAGCUCGGGGCUCCUCCCUAUAGCUGCUGUGUCGGUAUCGGUGGGAGCCCCAGCUCGAGCUUGGUAA